CAGGCCUUUUCGGUAUUUUCCCGCCAAAACAUUCGAAGUGGAGUUGUGUUGUUGAGGGCAUUAUAGCUUGAAUUAACAGCUUGUUUUUGCUCUAAUAUCUCCUUCAAAGUAGGGCUAAAGCCGUAGAUAUGGGAUUUCUUGAGCGUCUGGAGCUUGAAAACUUCAAGUCAUACAAAGGCAAUCACACCAUUGGACCAUUUUACCGGUUUACAGCUAUCAUUGGACCAAAUGGCUGUGGUAAAUCAAACCUUAUGGAUGCCAUUAGUUUUGUAUUUGGUGAGAGAACUUCAAGUCUCAGAGUCAAGACUGUAAAAGAUCUCAUUCAUGGUGCACCUGUUGGGAAGCCUGUGGCGAGCAGUGCCAAAGUCACAGCUGUAUAUGCAGAAGAGGAUGGCACUGAGAUUAGAUUUACUCGCAAGAUUGUUGGAAGUGGUACAGAAUAUCGUAUUGAUAACAAGGUUGUUACGCCUGCUCAGUAUAACUCAAGAUUGGAGAGCCUUGGCAUACUUAUCAAGGCUAAGAACUUCUUGGUUUUUCAGGGAACUGUUGAAUCCAUUGCUAUGAAGACACCUAAAGAGAGGACAGCCAUGUUUGAAAAAAUUAGCAGGUCUGGUGAACUUGCUGAUUCUUAUGAAAAGAAGAAAGCGGAAAUGCAGAAAGCUGAGGAGGAAACCAGCUUUAAUUAUCACAAGAAGAAGGGCAUUGCUGCUGAGAGGCGAGAGGCAAAGCAAGAAAAAGAAGAAGCUGAUAAAUACAACAAAUGGAACCAAGAUCUGGUUGACAGCUUACAAGAGCUGCAGUUGUUUAAACUGUACCACAAUGAGCAAGAUAUAAGUCACAUGACAUCCGAGAUGAAGACAAAGAGCAGAGAGACUGAGAAACUUGAUUCAAAGAAGCAGGCGGUAGAAAAACAACUCAAAGGCAAGAAGCAGGAAAAUGCCAAGUUGACCAGAGAGAUGGGCAUCAUUGAAAAGACAAUAAGAGAAAAGGAGGAUGAGCUUAACAAAAAGAGACCUGCAUUCAUCAAAGCCAAAGAGAAGACCUCCCAUGUGAUGAAGCGCCAUGAAACUUCCAAGAAAGCAUUGGAGAAAGCUAAAGCUGCUCGAAAGAGACAUCAAGCAGAGAUUGAAGAGCUAAAGAAUUCUCUUGAAGAAGUAAAACAACUUGCUGCACAGUAUGAACAAGAAGUAGCCGCCGAAAGCCAGGGAGAGGACCUAGAGCUGAUGGACUCACAGCUUGAGGAAUACAACAGACUGAAGGAAGAAGCAAGGAGAGAGACAGCAGCUGUGAGACAGCAACUUGAUCGGAUUAACAGGGAGCAACAGAGUGACCAGGAAUUAUUGGAUGGUGUUAAACAGACCAAGACUGACCUGAAGACCAGGCAAAAACAACUACAGGAGCAAAGUGUUCAGUUGAGGGAGAGAAUUGACAAGCUGGAGGAGUAUUUAACCACCAAUGUGGAACAUGUGGAAAAGCUUAAAGCUGAGAGCGAGAGUCUGUCCAGUGAAGUUAGUGAUGCUAACACCCGCCACCAUGAUAUUUCUGGCAAGCUGGAAAGUGUUCAGCUAGAACUAAACGAGGCCAAGUCCAACAAGCACGAGAGCGCCAGACACCAGAAGAAGAAGGAAGUCCUGGACAGCAUGAAAAGGCUGUUUCCUGGAGUCCAUGGGAGACUCAUAGAGCUGUGUGAACCAACUCACAAGAAGUAUAAUUUGGCAGUAACCAAAGUUCUUGGCAUGAACAUGGAUGCAGUGAUUGUUGAUAGUGAGAAGACAGCAAAAGACUGCAUCCAGUACCUCAAAGAGCAGAGAGCAGAUCGUGAGACAUUCCUUCCUUUGGACGCCAUCAAAGUCAAGCCAGUGAAUGAGCAGUUGCGCCAAAUUGGAGGCAACACCAAGUUGCUAAUAGAUGUGAUCCGGUACAGCCCUGCUGUUGUUAAGAAAGCGCUGCAGUAUGCUUGUGGUAAUGCACUGGUCUGUGACACCAUGGAGGAGGCCAGGAAGAUUGCGUUUGGUGGCUCAGAGAGGAAGAAGACAGUAUCCCUGGAUGGUACCCUUUUCCAGAAAUCUGGUGUCAUCUCAGGAGGUGUAAGUGAUCUCAAGACCAAGGCCCUUCGCUGGGAUGAGAAGCAGGUCGAUGGGCUGAAGAGAAAGAGAGACAAGUACCUGACUGAGUUAAAGGAGCUUGCUGCUCACAGAAGAAAAGAGCCUGAACUACAAAACCUGCAGUCCCAAAUUGAUGGCCUAGAGACUCGCCUUAGAUAUUGCCGCAAGGAUAGAGAUGCUAUUGAGAACCAAACACUGGCAGAGAUUUCGCGUGAGUUGAAGAUUAUUGAUGGGAAGCUGAAAGGACUGGAGCCUGACAGAGCGCGCAUUCUAGCGUCAAUGGGAGAGAGAGAACAGAUCAUCAAGAAAACAGAGGCCGAAAUGAACCAGGUGGAGGACAAGGUGUUCCAAGAAUUCUGUCAGACAAUUGGUGUGGACACGAUAAGGCAAUAUGAGGAGAAGCAGCUAAAGGCCCAGCAGGAGCGCUCUAAGAAACGCCUGGAGUUCACCAAACAGGAAUCUCGCCUGCAGAACCAGCUUGACUACGAGCGAAGCCGAGACACAAAGUCUCAAGUUAAAAAACUUGAGACAAGUAUCAAGAAUGAUGAAGAGGAGAUAAAGAAAUUGAAAGCAGAAGAGAAAGAACAUCUCAAGGUGAUUGAUACUGAGACGAGUGAGUUAGAAAAGCUCAGGCUUGAAAGAAGUGCCAAGAAGUCAGAGUUGGAAGAAAAGGAGCUGGAAAUGAAGGAGAUCAGAAAAGCUUUGAAUGCUCACCUGAAGGAUGUGUCAGCGCUACAGAAGCAGAUGACGUCGCUGGAAACUCAGCUCGAACAGAAGAAGGCAGACCGACACAGCUUGCUGAAAUCUUGCAAGAUGGAGGACAUUGAGCUGCCAUUCAAGCGUGGCACUGUUGACGAUAUUGAGCUGGGUGAACCGACCUCAAGCCAUGUGGAGAGCGAGUCCUCGUCUGCUAUGGAAAUCGACAGUAUGAGCAGUCAGGGAGCCAAAAUAACGUAUGAGCGAGAGGCUAACAUCAUCAUCGACUACUCUUCUCUCAGUCGACGUCUCAAGGAGCACGAUGACCCGGAAGAGGUACGAAACAUGGCUAACGAGCUGUCCAACAAGGUCUCCAAGCUGCAGUCAACCCUACAAAGAAUCCAGGCUCCGAACAUGAAGGCCCUUGAAAAGCUGGAGGGCGCUAGUAGCCGUUUCCAGGAGACAAACAACGAGUUCGAGCAAGCAAGGUCACGCGCACGGAAGGCUAAGAUCGAGUUUGAAACUGUCAAGAAGGAAAGGUACGAUCGCUUCAUGAGUGCCUUUGAACAUGUGUCGACCAAAAUCGAUGAUAUUUACAAGGAGCUGGCAAACAACCCUAGCGCCCAGGCCUUUCUGGGACCCGAGGAUGCUGAGGAGCCUUAUCUUGGAGGUAUUAACUACAAUUGUGUGGCGCCCGGCAAAAGGUUCCGCCCCAUGGACAACCUGUCUGGUGGUGAGAAGACAGUUGCGGCCUUGGCCUUGCUCUUCAGUAUCCACAGUUACCAGCCAGCGCCUUUCUUUGUUCUUGAUGAAAUUGAUGCUGCACUGGACAAUACUAACAUCAACAAGGUCGCGCGCCACAUCAUUAACCAAACCAAGGAGUAUUUCCAGUGUAUCGUAAUUUCCCUAAAAGAAGAGUUCUACACGAGGGCAGAAGCGCUCAUUGGUAUAACAGCUGAGCCUGAGCACGAGUGUACUGUCAGCCAAGUCUUCACUCUUGACCUGACCAAGUUCGCCGAGUAGGCUCCGAGUACGUCCGAGGCAACCUCCGAUUACACUCCGAGAAGUCUCAAACUACAUCGUAUUUUUUGUGCGUGUCCAUGAAGUUGUUUGGUCUUUUUUCGCUGUAUUUUAGCUGCGCAUUCGCGGUGAUUGGCUUGUAUGAAUAAAAUGAGUUAAACUGU